AUGGCAGGCCUUAGAACACCCGCCUACGUGGUGCACGAUGCUGCGCAAGAUUUCAAACUGGAGGAGAUUAGCCUGGGAGAGAUGCAGGGCAACGAGCUGCUCGUGGAGAUGAAGUACAGCGGUAUCUGCCACACCGACUUGGUCUUCCAGCAAGGCAAACUUCGCGUCUGCGAGUAUCCGGCAGUCUUCGGCCAUGAAGGAGCUGGCUGGGUGCGAGCUAUUGGCGCGAACGUGAAAGACAAAGACGUCAAGGUCGGCGACUUCGUCCUGCUCUCGAUCAACUUCUGUGAGAAGUGCAAGUUCUGCCGACGUGGGCAUCCUGCAGACUGUGUCGAAGGAACUCGAUUGCACUUGUUCGGAGUGCGCGAUGAUGGGACCACAGCUGCGACUCUUUCGGGCUCUGCUGAAAGCGUGCGCGCCCAUUUCUUCGGGCAGUCGAGCUUUUCACGCUUUAGCUAUGUACACGAGACGUGCGUCGUCAGGCACCCCUACCCGCCGCAAGAAGCCGCUAAAUUUGCAGCCAUGGGUUGCGGCUACCAGACAGGUGCCGGAACCGUGCUCAAUAUCCUCAAACCUGAGCCAGAUGGCUCGAUUGUCGUCUUCGGACUGGGAGCCGUAGGCCUGUCUGCGCUCAUGGCUGCCAAGUCUCUGGGGCUGGAGCGGAUCAUCGCCGUUGACAUACAAGAGCUGAAGUUUCCGAUCGCCCGUGAAGUCGGAGCCACGGAUCUGGUCAACUCACGGGAUAUCGACAUUGCUGCCAAGCUGAAGGAUCUCACUGGGGGAGCGGGCGUUGAUUAUGCAAUAGACUGUACCGGUGUGCCAUCAGUCAUUGAGGCUAUGUUGAACAGUCUUGCGAUGAGAGGCUCUGCUGCCACGGUCGGUGUGCCGCCUACCGGUGCAAAAGUACAGAUUGAUCCCCUCGUAUACCUGCUCGGUAGCAGAAGAUGCCUUGGAUGUCGAGAAGGGGACUCGGUUCCGAAGGAGUUCGUUCCUCAGCUCGUGGCUAUGCAACAGAAGGGGCUGUUCCCAGUCGAGAAACUGGUCAAGGAGUACGAUUACAGAGACAUGGAGCAAGCAUUGAAAGACAUGCACGACGGCAAAGUUGUCAAGCCGGUGAUUCGAUGGUCAUAA